CCCUUCUCCCAGGCCCCAGCGCGUACCAUUCUGGGGCUCCCGAGGCGGCCUCUCGUGCGAUCAAGGGCGCGCAGGGUUGGGAGGGCGAGCUGGGGCCCCUACUCUGGGCUCCGGAGUUCGGAGGAGGGUGGGUGGCCGCCGCCCCAGAGCAAAAGCGCUAGAGGAACCGGAGGAAGGAGCGCUCGCUCGCCGGCCGCCUUUCUGCCUCCCCGGCGCUCGCUCUCCCGGCUCCUAGGUUUGCUGGCUGCUCCUCCCACCCGCGCCCGCCUCCUUGCUCGCUCCCUCGCUCUCUCGAGCGGGUUUCCAAGCCCGGCGGUGCGCCCGGGCGAGUGCGGGGCGAGGGGCCCCGGGGCCAGCGCUGAGCCGGGGGCGGGGGUCCGGGCAGAGCGCAGCCGGCCGGGGAGGGGCCAUGUCCGGCGCGGGCGCCGCAGGGCCCGUCUGCAGCAAGUGACCGAGCGGCUUGGACGGCCGCUUGCCCCCCUCCGCCACCUGGGGCGGCGCGGGCCCCGGUGCCGGGUGCCGGGAGCCCGGGUCGCGCGUAGAGCCGGCGCGAUGCACGUGCGCUCGCUGCGCGCCGCGGCGCCCCACAGCUUCGUGGCGCUCUGGGCGCCCCUGUUCCUGCUGCGCUCCGCGCUGGCCGACUUCAGCCUGGACAACGAGGUGCACUCGAGCUUCAUCCACCGGCGCCUCCGCAGCCAGGAGCGGCGGGAGAUGCAGCGCGAGAUCCUCUCCAUCUUGGGCUUGCCCCAUCGCCCGCGCCCCCACCUCCAGGGCAAGCACAACUCGGCGCCCAUGUUCAUGCUGGACCUGUACAAUGCCAUGGCGGUGGAGGAGGGCGGCGGGCCCGACGGCCAGGGCUUCUCCUACCCCUACAAGGCCGUCUUCAGUACCCAAGGCCCCCCUCUGGCCAGCCUGCAGGAUAGCCACUUCCUCACCGACGCCGACAUGGUCAUGAGCUUCGUCAACCUCGUGGAGCACGACAAAGAGUUCUUCCACCCGCGCUACCACCACCGGGAGUUCCGGUUUGAUCUGUCCAAGAUCCCGGAAGGGGAAGCCGUGACUGCUGCCGAAUUCCGCAUCUACAAGGACUACAUCCGGGAGCACUUCAAUAACGAGACCUUCCGCAUCAGCGUGUACCAGGUGCUGCAGGAGCACUUGGGCAGGGACUCGGACCUGUUCCUGCUCGACAGCCGCACCCUCUGGGCCUCGGAGGAGGGCUGGCUGGUGUUCGACAUCACGGCCACCAGCAACCACUGGGUGGUCAACCCACGGCACAACCUGGGCCUGCAGCUCUCGGUGGAGACGCUGGAUGGGCAGAGCAUCAACCCCAAGUUGGCGGGCCUGAUUGGGCGGCAGGGGCCCCAGAACAAGCAGCCCUUCAUGGUGGCCUUCUUCAAGGCCACCGAGGUCCACCUCCGCAGCACCCGCUCCACGGGUGGCAAGCAGCGCAGCCAGAACCGCUCCAAGACGCCCAAGAACCAGGAAGCCCUGCGGGUGGCCAACGUCGCAGAGAACAGCAGCAGUGACCAGCGGCAGGCCUGUAAGAAGCAUGAGCUCUACGUCAGCUUCCGGGACCUGGGCUGGCAGGACUGGAUCAUCGCGCCCGAAGGCUAUGCCGCCUACUACUGCGAGGGGGAGUGCGCCUUCCCACUCAACUCGUACAUGAACGCCACCAACCAUGCCAUCGUUCAGACGCUGGUCCACUUCAUCAACCCUGAGACGGUGCCCAAGCCUUGCUGCGCCCCGACUCAGCUCAACGCCAUUUCCGUCCUCUACUUCGACGACAGCUCCAACGUCAUCCUGAAGAAGUACCGGAACAUGGUGGUCCGGGCCUGCGGCUGCCACUAGCCCUGCCCGAGGCCCGGCCACCCAGGGCCACCGCCGUGGCGAGGAGCCCGCAGACCAAAGCGGCUGCCUUGCCAGACCGUCUGUCCCCCUCCCCAACCUGAACGGUGCAGGCGUGUGAGGGUAUUUGGGAGGCGAGUGGCUUUUGAUCAGUGGUUCGUCGGCGGCGUCCUACGGACGAGAUCCUACAAGUUGCUGCAGGCGAAACCCAACCGGAGGACACGUAGCUAAAGGAAAGUCGCCCGGCCACGAGCCCUGGCUGCGAAAUCGCGGCCGUGCACCGACUCGUCCCAGGGGUAAUGAGGAGCGCCCGUCAGCCAGGCCGCCGGCAGUGGGAGGAAGAGGGUGCGGCUGGGGGUGGGCACGUUUGUGUCUGUGCGAGAGGAAGACUCAUGCGGAAGCUCCUGUAAUACAUGUCACAAUAAAACGAAUGAAUGAAAAUGGUUA